AUGAAUCAAGUUAAUGCGGUUCCGCCUUCGCAAAGUGGAAGUACUCGCUCCCAAACAUCAAAUAUUGAAAUUAAGCAGAGUGAAAGCACAGUUUCGUUGUUAUUUCCGUUAUUUUCGGCCGUAUUCCAAAAUGCUAAGAUUCCUGUAGCCUUUUCUAUGCUGUUUUUAAUGAUGUUCUUCUUCCAGGCGCUUUGUGUUAGCUAUUGGCCAUGGGAUAGAUACUGGUCUGUAUACAACAACAACUAUUCGAUCAAAUUACUGAAAGAAAUCUUCUUUUUUGUGCCACAGCCAGCAACUCCAACAGGUUACAUAAUACUCUCAUGCAUUAUUUUCGGCAUUAAUGUUAUUUCAUGCUCACUUAUCGCUUUUCAAGUAGCUUAUUACCACUUAACAAGAAAAUUUAUUAACUUCUUGAACUAUCCAAUUAGAGCUUACUUCGAUACAAUUUUGGUUGGUACCAUGGUUCCAUGCUUAGUCGAUUUCGGCGAAUGCUUUUUACUUAUUGCCAAAGGAAGCAAAAAUGCAAUGGUUAUUGUUUCGAUGGUUCUUUUCUUUUUCUCAUUAAUUUUCGAGCUAUCAUCAUUUAUUCUUGUACAAAGCUUUGCUGCCAAAUCCAUUUGCAUCAACCCUUCGCCAAUGUUGAAUUUUGAUCCAACCAUCAUGACCUCAACUCUUAUCGCGAUGAUUGUUUCUAUUUUAUCAUUCUUCUUAUUACUUUUGUUCGAAGAUUGGGCUCCUUUGUUCGCUAUCGUCAUACAUAUUUGUAUUUAUAUCUAUGAAGAGUAUUAUCUUGAGAAGCACUUACCAUUUGUCGAUGUCUUUACCAACUCCAUGUCAUUUGGCUGGUUCAUAGGCUGCCUUAUCGGUGAUGUUUUAAUGUUUAUCCUACAUUUUGCUACAAAAGUCAACUACAAGAUCCCAAUGAUCCUUAUCUUUGUUUCUUUCCUGUUCUUUACAUUCAUUGGCAUGGUCGUCAAUACAAUCAAGGUCAAAAAGAUCGUUGGUCUUCUGAUGAGAGUGAACAAGACACCAGAAGAUGCAAACGAGUACUAUAGAGAGCUUAACCUUGACCAAGACAUGUCGAAAGCGCUUCUUUAUUUCAAGAUCGCGUUCCAAAAUUAUUGUCCUUGUUAUUAUGACAUGACAUUGGCCAAUUUCAUAGCAGAGAACUUCGAUGAAGAGAUCAUUAUUGCAACAGUACUUCAAAUCAUCACUUUCUUCCCAAUGGAGACCAGAUUACAAUCAAGAUUCCAGUUAUUACUCAUGAAAAGAAGGAAAUUGUCAGUUCCUGCCCAAUUUUUGUUGUUCCAGAUCGAAGCAAUCAAGUCUUUGAGACAAUUUUCAGCAUCUUCAUUGGCUAAACUGAAAUUAGUUGACUUGAAAACAAUGAGUCGAAACUGUGAAAACAUGACAAAAUCAGGAUUAGACAUGAAAGAGGCCAAGAUCGAUUAUUUCGAGCAAUUGGCACAGAAAACAACACGUGCACGAGUUAUAUGGACAGAAUCACUCAUGCAGCAACCAAACAAUGCAAGGUUCUAUGAAGAAUACACGAGAUAUCUCAUUGAAGCAGAAUCAGAUUUCAAAGAAGGAUUGGCCAUGAAAAACAAACAAACAUUGUUAGAAGCAGGAGCAAACUUUUCCAUUGAUUUAUCAUUUAGAUCGAUGGUUGAGAACUUCCCGAAGUAUUUAACUGAUGGAAUCAUUGAUACAAAAGGAAAAAUCCUUCAAAUGCAACAUAAAGGUCCAAAAGAAAACUCAUCAGCGAAUAACUCUGUCUCAACAAAUAAUUCUCAAUCAGCAUCAAGUGGCUCUGAAUCAACAGAAUUAGAUGAUUCUGUCAUGGAAUUUCUUGGAAAAUCAACACUUAAAAUGGCCAGACCAAGAUUAGCAUUACAUUCCAUGUUAGAAACAAAGAUUCCUUUAUCUGUUUCUAUCGUCAAACCUGUUGCUACUAUUAUUGUUAUUUAUGUUAUUGUUAUGUUUAUUUCUUUCGAUGUUUACACUAAUUCUGUUUUGCAUGAACAUGUUGGAACCAUGAAAUUCCUUGAGUAUUUCUCUCAAAUGCGUUUCAACACUGCUUUGUCUACUAUCAAUAUCAUUAUAGAAUACGGUCGUGAACAUGGAAUAUUUGAUAAAUAUAACAAUCAAAUGCUGACAAUGUUCAAAACUGAUGAUCAUUAUUACAUUGAUAUGUUUGUAAACAUGUUACCAUUAAUUGUAAGUUUUACAAGUAGUUCAUCAAGUAAUUUCGGUGCUUUUAUUAAUUUAGUAACUAAUUAUUCGUUACAAGGAUAUGAUAUUUCUUCUUUCAAAAAGCACUUUGGGAUUCAGAUUUGA